UUCGCACCCGUCUCCGACACGGGCGACAGGCUGCCAGGCUCGCCUCAUGCCAAUCACGGCGCACAUUGCUCCUGGCUUUUGCCGAUGCGCGCAGCCGCCGGGACUUUGCGACCGCAGUGGGCGAUUGACAAGGCAGGUCGGCGCCGCGCGCCGAUCGCGCCAUGAUGCUCGAGGCGUAAAUCCAAGGGUCAUGACGUCAACAUGAAGCUGGCGCACUUUGUGGUGGGGGCUCACAACGUUUGGCCCGGGUCAAAUGUGGUCGUCUAUAAUUCUGAAGCACCUCCUGUUCAGCUCAACCACAGCUCUAUUACUGAGAAAGGGGCAUCAUCCGAUCGCCGGUGCUCGGAAAACCCAACCUGACUGCAACCAUGGACACCCCUGCGGUUGGACCGGGAGCCUCUGGCACCGGCCAGGGCGAUGACCGAUCGGGAGAUGUUGAACCCAAAAUAGUUCAGGUCCAUGAAGAAGAAGCACCGACAGCCAGCCAUGCCCUUGCUGACGAGAGCCUCAACGACGAGUCUGUCGCACAAGGAGCCAGCCAGGUUCAGCACGACGACAUUGAAGUGCGCAAUCUCGGUUGGAAUGACGAGGCGCAACGGGUGCCUCGCCCUGUGGUCGGCGGGCUGACCAACGAACAACUGUGGACGUUGAUACGACGCUUUGACAAGCAGGUGUUCCACGUCAAGAGCAUCGACACGCCGCCGCUUGCCAACCUGGACAUGAACAUCGCCGACGAGGAGGAGUUCUCGCCAGAUAAGCUGCGCGCAAACCUCGAGAGAUUGUACAUCAUUGUCGUGGUGCCUCUGGUCUCGUUCUGGAAGCACAUUGCCCGGCUCCGGUCCUGGAAGGAGUAUGAGCGGACCUCGACGUUUCUCGCCGUCUACGUAGUCGCUUGGUUGCUUGACCUGAUUAUCCCAACUCUGACAGCCUUCGUCAUCGUCCUAGUGCUGUACCCAAGCUCACGGGAAAUAUGCUUCCCACCUGCACCACCGGCUCUCAUCGACUCCAAGACGGGCGGGGUUCAGAAACCGAAGGCAGGUGUCCUAGCAACCGACGAUACCCUCACAGGAGCACCUGAGAAACACGAAGGAGAGGCUGUCGAGCAGGAGGCCCACAGCCUCGUCAAUAGCAUCGCCACGCAGGUCGCCAUCAGCACAUCCGCGGGCAAACACCCGCAAGGAGACCCUCAUGACGACAGCACGGCACCCGACCCAUCUCAAAUCACCGAGGGCUUGUCCAGCGCCAAAGAAAAGAGCGACGGAAAAGAGCCCAGCGCAACGCACGACAAGACCAAGAAGCCCGUAUCUCAGGCCGUCUGGAACAAAGCCCGACCGACCAUGCAUCUCAUUGCCGAUUUUGUCGAUACUUGGGAACGAUUCGGAAACGCUCUCAGCCCAGUUCCCCCAUUUCCAAAGCUGCGCCCUCGAUUGGUUCUGGCAGGUUGUCUUGUCCCACUGCUGCUGGGUUCCUACUUCACUACAUCGUACAUGCUUCUCAAGGGCACCGGAUUCAUUUUCGGCUUCACUUUCUUUGGCGACCCUAUUUUGACACCGUUGCUAGACUUUGCCAACAGGACAUACCCUCGGUGGCAGAAGUACGUCGAACUGCGCAACUCAAUCCUCAAGGGAGUGCCUACAAACGCGCAGCUGGCCGUCACACUGCUACGAAUCGGAGAGAGGAACAAAGCGCCGGUGCCGCCGCCGCCUUCCUCGGAUAUGCCCCCGCCUGUUGAGACAGACCAGGACGCCCUUGAAAACCUUGACCACCUUGGUGCAACGGACGAGGAAAUAGAGGAGGCCGCUCAGCCAAGCCACGACGCCGCACAUGAUGACGAAGAGGACAAACAUGAAACGAAGCAGAAGCCUAAGAAGUCAAGGCGUAUUCUCAAUCUGCUCAAGGGGACCACAAAGGGCGGAGUGGAGACGGUCCUCACGGCGGACAGAGCUAAAGCUGCCGCUGGAGAGAAGCACGCGCGUGAUAGGCUCGGCGUUGUCAAGCAGCCGCGUUCUCAAGGCGUAGCCGGCCCAGUCUCGUUCCCGGCUCGAUACAAGGGUCGCAAGGGGCACGCAUAUGUGACAGCGACGGCUACGGCGCCCACGCUGAGCUGGACGUCGGAUCUCAAGGAUGUGAAUCCCGCGUGGACUAUUGCGAUUGCGGAUGUCCAGGAGCUCAAAAAGAUGGGCGGUUUGGGAUGGAAGAGCAAGAUCAUCGUUGGGUGGGCGCUGGAAAAGGAGGUCGUCGACGGACUCGUGGUGCGGACGAAGAGUGGAGAUGAGUUCCAUUUGACAGCCAUUUCGGUUCGUGAUGAGCUUUUCAAUAGGCUCAUCGCCAUGGGAAGUCAAAUGUGGGAGUUGUGGUAGCGUCAGACAGUC